CUUCACUUUACUUCUCCCAGUCUUUCCUCAGUCAAUUCGUUCGUUCUUUGUUUCUGCACCUAGAGCUGGUUGUGUAUUUCCGCAAUAGAGACAAGAUCUAGAAGGCUACCAUGGCUACCUCCGCCCCCGCCUCCGAAUACCCCGCGUCCACGCAUUCUCCCCGCUAUCUGACCGGCGACGGCGCUGGCAUCCGGGAAUUCAUUGACAAGUUUGAUGUCUUCCUCUUCGACUGCGAUGGCGUCCUCUGGUCGGGCGACCAUGUCUUCCCUGGCACCAACGAGACCCUUGAGAUGCUGCGUAGCAAAGGCAAACAAGUCGUCUUCGUAACCAACAACAGCACCAAAUCGCGCGCCGACUACAACAAGAAACUCACCUCCCUAGGAAUCCCCAGCACAACCGAAGAAAUCUUCUCCUCCUCCUACAGCGCCUCCAUCUACAUCUCCCGCAUCCUCACCCUCCCUCCCACCAAACGCAAAGUCUUCGUGAUCGGCGAAACCGGCAUCGAACAAGAGCUCCAAUCCGAGAACGUGCCCUUCAUCGGAGGCACCGACCCCUCCUACCGCCGAGACAUCACCCCCGAAGACUACAAAGCCAUCGCCGCGGGCUCCUCCGACCUCCUCGACCCCGAAGUCGGCGUCGUCCUCGUCGGCCUCGACUUCCACAUCAACUACUUCAAACUGGCCCUGGCGUACCACUAUAUCCGUCGCGGCGCGGUCUUCCUGGCUACGAAUAUCGACUCGACGUUGCCGAACUCCGGGACGUUGUUUCCGGGGGCUGGGUCGAUGAGCGCACCCCUGAUUAUGAUGUUGGGGAAGGAGCCGGUGUCUCUGGGGAAGCCGAAUCAGGCGAUGAUGGAUGCGAUUGAGGGCAAGUUUCGCUUUGAUCGGAGUAGGGCGUGUAUGGUGGGGGAUCGGGUCAAUACGGAUAUUCGGUUUGGGAUUGAGGGGAGGCUUGGGGGGACGUUGGGCGUUUUGACGGGCGUUAGUAGUAAGGAGGAGUUUGUUGGGGGGGAGGUCAGACCGUCGGUUUAUUUGGAUAAGUUGGCGGAUUUGUUGGAGUGUGAGUGAGGUGGACUUAUUCUGUUGAGGGUGGAGAAUAUGUGGGUGGUAUGAAAGGGAGGUCUGAUAGAUAUCAUUACAUGUAGGUAGUUUGUUCGAGAUACCAUAGAACACAUACAUACUGCUUAGUAUACAUAUACAAU